AUGUGAUCAAUCAGCAGCAGCACAGAUAAACAGGUCGGUGUGGGCUCUGUGGGAGGGAGGCGGCUUAGAGCUUGUCGGUGACCUGCUUGAUGAUACCCCUGCCAGCGUUGAAGAAGGCCCAUGACGCCGCAAUCAGCACGGGGGACAGCAGAAUCAGAGGACGGAGAUCAGGCUGCUCACACAGACACAAGAAACGUUCAAAACACGCCGACUUGUCUGUCUGUCCGUGAUCUUCUCACUCACCCCUGAUUGUUCCGCUGCCAUAGCCAUAUCUCCCAGCAUCAGCGGACUCAACACAGCCAUCGCCUUGGCAAUGUCCUCCUCGCCCAGCUGCGGCAGAUCCAUCAGCUGUUGCUGCUGCUGAGGCUCCUGACGCUGCGCACGCAUACGUGUGGCCAACCGUGAUGAUGAUGUGGCAACAGGGCCGACGAACGCCGCUGAAGGACGUGAGAAGUCGGCUGCAUGAGCAAGGGCGACGAGGAGGGCGACAGAGAGGGCCAGGAGGCACUUCAUGGCUGCAAACUCGUAGUUCCGGGUGGAUGUCGGUG